AUUUGGACACCACACCCCUGGUCUAAAUGCAACCGAAACACUCCAGCAGGACACAAAACAGUCCAUUUUGUGUGUUCAUGCACACUCUUCGCUCAACACCCUGAAAAAAUUGACUGAUUUGAACACUAAUCCCUAUCAGAGACCUGCACGUCUUGCAGAUCUGUGAUGGGAUAUAAAUGGUUCAAUUUACAAAAAGAUGAUAAGCCAUAACUCAAACACACAGUGUGGUCCAAUCAAACUGAGUUUGGUGUUGAUCUAUGCAUCUACUGAGCUUCACUCUUCAUGCUUCAGUCACUACCUGAUAAUACCUCCACUCCUAAUCCACCAUUUAUAACCCCUGAGUGUUUUUGUGACACUGAUACAGCGGAUCUAUAUUUACCCAGAUUGUUUUUAGUUAUUUUUCAUAAAAACAAGAUUAUUAAAAGCAAUCAUAAGACAUCUAUUAAAACAACCUGGCUGAAUAAUCCACCCACCUCUCAGGCAGAGACAGGAUCCACCCUAAAUAGGUCUUUAUCACAGGGCUUCAGAGAGACACACAGGAGAGAGAGCCUUACACACAGAUACUGAUGAGUGCCCAAUUAUCCUAAAAACCGACUGUGGAAGGAAGCUGGAGUACCCAGAGAGAACACGCUUGCAUGAGGCCAGGAUUUGAACCCAGGACCUUCGUACUGUGCUAACAGUGCUAACAUUUGCACCACAGGGCAACCUCACUGUGUCAGAAAUCAUUGUUAGCCAUAGUAGAAUGAGGUUUUGCUCUCCUUAAAGUACGUCCACACAGACAGACUGACUACCCAUAUCAUGCUGUUGGUCUGGAGCUGUUUGAGCAACAUUUGACGGCCUACCUUUAGGAUGGAUGGAUGAUGCAUUCUCAGGCCAGUUCAAUACAAGUGUUAAUUUUAGCCAUUUCAGUUAAAACGUCCCUAAUCAGACAGCACAUUAACAUGCAGUGGCACUCUAGAAGAUUCUGUAAACCCGCUUGCCCUUGCAUGGUUGUGGUGGGGGUGGCCGUGACUGACAACAAAUUCGUUAAAUAACGAAUUUUACUUUUCACCAGUCCUGAUGAAAGCCGCUGUUAUGUCCACUCCUUGGAAGACGGGCAACUCCCUUGAAUGAUUCCCCUGGUGAAUCAUUUUUCCCACUAUUGAGUGAUGGUCUUCAAAUACUGCAAUCACAUUAGUGGUUCCAGUAAGCCCUCACCUUGCUUAAGUUUCUCUCUUUGCCAUCAUCACCACAAUCCAGUCAGUCCCUUGAGUUUGCAACAUUGCACAAAUUAUCCAGCUCUGCUUUCCAUCCAUCCACCUUCUGCUUAUCUGAGAUGUUUCUUGGAGGUAACAUUCCAGGUGAAAACACAGACAAGUUCUGCUCUGCAGCUGAGCUGUUUGGGAUUUUUAAUGAUGAGUUAUUAUUUUUUUGUGGCAAAGAGUUUUGACUCAUUUAGCCUCACCCCCUCAGUCAUGCUCAGGUUCUGUUUGUGAACUUGUUGCUUCAGUUUCUUAAACCCAGGUGGAGUUUUUAAAGUUUUAUUGGGUUAAUUUGUCUUUUCUGGCUUCCUUUCCUUUCCAAUGUCAUACUUUUUUGGUUCACUUAUAUAAAUCUUGCAUAAGCUCCUUUAUUGUGCUUGAGUGGCGUGAACAAAUUCACAUGGCAGGUUUCUCAGUCAGAACGUGCACAGUAAGGAGCAGCCCGACACAUCGAUGUGGUUUUAAAUUAGCCGUCUGACCCACUUUCUCCCUGCGUCUGCAUUAUAUCAGUUAGAUAAACGCUCCAUCUCUCCAGCUGUGGCUGCUGGACAAAUCGAGGUUAGAUCUUAUCUCCCUCGAGGCAUCUAUUGAUAUGGCAGCUUGCACCUGAGCACAUAAUGCUUGGGAGAAGAUGUUUUCUCUAAAUGUUGGUUAGGCCUCAUGUAAGGUGGCCCGCAUCCCUAAUCCAGAGAUAAACGCAGUGAUGGAGAUAAUGGUCAAUGUCAGGUCCACACGUGCCUCACCUGCAGGUCUCGUGCUGGAGAUUAGACCAAGGCACCCCAUUUCCUCGAUUGCAGCUUCCCCCCUGCUGAUCCACCCGCGAUAGGAAGACUGGGGGGGUUCAUCAGGUCCUGACCGGCGGUCCGACUGCAGAGCGUAGGCUGAACGUGGAGACGUGCUGGCUCGCCCCGCUGCAGAGAUGGACGACUCGCAGGAGCUUCCGGCGAAGAAGGCAAAGAUCGAGACAGACGGUGAACAGGAGACUGAGCAGAGUAACUUAAGUGCAGAUGGGACCCCAGCUGUUGUUCUGGCUUCAUCACAAAAGGACGGCUCUUACUCUGCUCUGUCUACAGCCCAGCUUGAUGCAGGUGAACAGGAGCAGGCGAGCAGCAGCAGAGGAGAACCAGACCAACUGAUCAGCGAUGCUGUGAACUCGUACUCACAUGCAGAUGCCGACGCAGCCCAAUCUGACUACACCCAGCAGGUUUAUCAGGAGGCAAACCCUGCAGUGACGUCCUACACCAGCCAGGUGGCGUUCCCUCCUCUGGCCCAGUCCACCGUGUACUCGUCCUUCCCUCAGAGUGGACAGACCUACGGCCUCCCACCCUUCGGUGCUCUGUGGCCAGGUAUUAAAACUGAGACAGGGCUGCCUGAGGCGCCCUCCACUGGCCAGCCUGGGUUCCUAAGCUUCAGCACGGCAUACACCUCCACCCAGCCAGGCCAGCUGCACUACUCUUACCCGAGCCAAGGCUCCAGCUUCACCACAUCCAGCGUGUACUCCAACAUCCCCUCAGCUACAGCCAUCAGCACCGCCUCUGCAGCUGCUGGACCGCAGGAUUUCAGCAGCUACAGCUCUCUGGGACAGACCCAGUUCUCGCAGUACUACCAACUUCCUCCCAAUUACACGCCUGCCGGUCUGACCAGCAGCGAUGAACACAGCGCCGGGGCCGGUGUCGCCGGAUAUUCAGCGGUGAAGUCUGAAGAGGCUGCCCCAGCCGGACUGCCCCCCAGAGAUGCGUCCCCACCUGAGAACCUCCCAGCAGCUGCAGCCCUUCCCACAGGUGGAGCCAGAGAUCAGGAGGAGGCAGGUCGAAGGAACUCUGUGGGAAAGUCUAAAGGCAAGGCCAAGAAGUCGGAAAGCUCCUCGCCUGCCGGCAGUGAUCUGGAGCGCAUCUUUCUGUGGGAUCUGGAUGAGACCAUCAUCAUCUUCCACUCUCUGCUCACCGGCACUUACGCGCAGAAGUUCGGCAAGGACCCGGCGACGAUGUUGAACCUCGGGCUGCAGAUGGAGGAGCUGAUCUUUGAGCUGGCAGACACUCAUCUUUUCUUCAACGACCUGGAGGAAUGUGAUCAGGUCCAUAUCGAGGAUGUGGCGUCUGAUGAUAAUGGGCAGGACCUGAGUAACUACAACUUCUUGGCCGAUGGCUUCAGUGGUUCCAGCGGUGGAGGAGCAGCAGCAGGAGCCACCACAGGGGUCCAGGGUGGGGUGGAGUGGAUGCGUAAACUGGCCUUCCGGUACCGCCGGCUAAAAGAGAUCUACAACAGCUACAAAGGGAAUGUGGGGGGUCUGCUGAACCCCAUAAAGAGAGAACUGCUUCUACGGCUUCAAUCUGAGAUCGAGAACGUCACGGACUCGUGGCUCACCACAGCUCUGAAGUCUCUGCUACUCAUCCAGUCCAGAGGGAAGUGCAUGAACGUGUUGGUCACCACCACUCAGCUGGUUCCGGCUCUGGCCAAAGUUCUGCUGUACGGCCUGGGAGACAUCUUCCCCAUUGAGAACAUCUACAGCGCCACAAAGAUCGGGAAGGAGAGCUGCUUCGAGAGGAUCGUCUCUCGCUUUGGGAAGAAGGUGACGUACGUGGUGAUCGGUGACGGUCGAGAUGAGGAGUUUGCAGCCAAGCAGCACAACAUGCCUUUCUGGAGGAUCUCCACUCACGGCGACCUCGUCUCCCUCCAUCAGGCGCUGGAACUGGACUUCUUGUAAAGGAGUCGCUGCUGGAUGUGGUGCACCAAAAGAAACUGACUCAUGCACCUGUCGGCCACGUACGGAGGCGGAGUCUAGGUUGACUCCGCCCUCUACGGCAGCUAAACUCCCCACCGCUCAGACAGACACCCAGCUUACUCCUCUUGUUUGAUGUUCUCAUCCUCCAGAGAACUUCAUGUCUCCAUCUGGAAUCAAAAACUCAUGAAAACGUCCGGUGGGUUCGUUUUGUUUGUUUGAACCCAGAAAUACUUUUGAUGAACUUCUGGAUUGUUCAGUGUCACUGUCAGUUAAAAUAUUGUAAUCCAGACCAGAUCAAACAUCUCUGUGUGUGUGUGUGUGUGUGUGUGUGUGUGUGUGUGUGUGUGUGUGUGUGUGUGUGUGUGUGAGAUCUGUGGUUUCAUGCUGACGAUCACACACACUGAGCUGGUUCCAGUCCUUCUGCAUGCAAACAUUUUUCCAGCCAAGAUUUUCCUGCUAUGAUUCCUACGAUAACACGAUCCGAUCCACACAGAACACAGACGAUGACCACUCAGGAAGUUCCAGUCCUGUCUUUUAAGACUCUAAUCCCAAAGAAAAUUCCUAAAACUCCUUGUAACCAUGUGGAUGACUUUCAGCUUCAUCCUGGAAUGUCAGGAAUUGAAAGUCCGGAUCCUGAAGCUCAACAGUCCGGCACGUUUAACGUCCGCUUUUAUUCAGCGCAGCAGAACUUCAUCAGAACUCCAGAUGGGCUGAAACUGUCACAAUGAUAACCAGAACCAGUAACUGUCUUUUUCUGGAAGAACGAUUAAAGGUCCGGGUUCUGGUGUUAAAUGACGGAGCGUUUCUUGGAGGCUCUGCAGGUCAGGAGUUUAUCAGUGAGCCUCGGUUCUGAUGGAGACUGAAAUCUGGAUCAGAACAACGGGAGGUUUCCUCUGCAUGCUGUGGAAUGCGAGGAACGCUGCAGACGUUGGACCUGAAAGCCGACUGAAUGUCCCGAACCGGAUUUCCACACAUGCGGUUGGAGCUUUAGGAAUGUGGGCCUGUGGUGUAGUUUGUGACUGUGCUUAUUUAUAUGCUGUGCCUUUAACCUUCGUCUCUCGUGUAUCUGGUAUCCAGUGUUCUUUUUUAACUCCAUAUAUAUUCAAGAUGCCUUUGAUUAGAUUCUAGGUUUCAUGUUCUAUCUGCACUGUGAUCCAAAGGUCUCCAUCCACCCCUCACAUCCAGCACCGUCCCAAACAUGGUUCCUGUGUUCGAGUAAAGUGUGUUCAUGUUUCAGCUUGUUUCAUCUCACCAGACGCUACUUUGGACCGGAGCUUUUUAGUUGCUGUGACAAUCACAGGUCAGAUCACUGCGGAGAAAGGCUGCAGGAAAACUGCUGCAAGAAAAACAUGGACAAAAGUCUCAAAUAUCCAGUUCUGGAGAACUUCUGAAGACACUUCAAAAUAUUUUCUCACAGAUGACUGGCAGACAGAAAUAAAAGCGAUUAAUUACU